AUGGAUACUAGAGCCGACCAGAGAACAGUUCCAGUAUCAGAGAAGGACUCGGAGGAACUCACCACCAGUCUUCCUGACAUCAGUCAGGUCGAUCUACAGAGAGAAGAAUGGAUCAGCGGCUGGAAGUUGGCGGCAGUCUUUUCAGGCAUCACUAUUGUGAGCUUCCUGAUGCUGCUAGACAUGUCUAUCAUUUCAACAGCCAUCCCCAGAAUCACCAGUGAUUUUCACUCUCUUGAUGAUGUAGGAUGGUACGGUAGCUCGUACCAAUUGGCCAGUGCUGCUUUGCAGCCUUUGGCCGGCAAGCUCUAUGCCAACUUCAACUCCAAAUGGACUUUCUUUACAUUCUUUGCGGUCUUCGAAUUGGGGUCUCUUCUCUGCGGUCUCGCCAGCUCAUCCAAGAUGUUGGUUGUUGCACGUGCUGUGGCAGGGAUAGGUGGUGCUGGCAUUCAAACAGGCACUUUCACCAUCAUUGCCAGCUCGGUUCCCAUGCGCAAAAGACCCUCACUGAUGGGUCUGUCUAUGGGGAUAGCGCAAGUGGGCAUGGUAAUAGGCCCGUUGCUUGGGGGUGCCUUGACGGAGUAUUCAACCUGGCGCUGGUGCUUCUAUAUCAAUCUGCCCGUUGGAGGGGUGGUUGCAGCCUUGAUUGCUUUUAUUCACAUUCCAGAACAGCUCCAAAAGCCUCCUUUCUUGACAGUCGUUCGUUCGAUUCACCGACAGCUGGACCUUAUUGGCUUCGUCUUGUUUGCUCCAGCUGCUAUUCAGCUACUUCUAGCCCUGCAAUACGGGGGCAAUGAUUACCCCUGGAGUAGCCCUACCAUCAUUGGCCUAUUUUGUGGCGCAGGCUGCACCUUCGUUGUCUUCCUCGUCUGGGAGUAUUUCAAAGGCGCAGAAGCAAUGAUCCCUUUCGACAUCUUGUCCAACAGUGUGGUGUACUGCAGCUGUCUGAACUUUGGGUUCCUGAUGAGUCUGAUUAUCUGCAAAGACUACUACGUUCCGAUAUACUUCCAGGCAGUCAAGGGGGCCUCUCCUUUGUUCAGCGGCUUAUUCCGUCUGCCGACUAUGGUACCACAGCUGCUCGGGGCGCUCUUUGUGGGCAUGCUUGUUGAAUGGCAGGGCUAUUACCUGCCCUAUGUACUCACCAGUUCGAUGUUCAACGGUAUCUCAAGUGGUCUGAUGGCCACGUUCAUGCCAGACACAACCACUGGCAAAUGGGUUGGCUACCAGAUCUUGGCAGGAGUCGGCGAAGGGAUGGGAAUCCAGCUGCCAGUUGUUGCGGUACAAAGCACGCUUUCACCGCCAGAGGUUCCUAUCGCAAUGGGUCUGCUCAUGUUCAGCUCAACGCUAGGGGCGUCUCUUUUCCUCAGUCUUUCACAAACGAUCCAGAAUACAGGAUUGAGGGAAUUGCUUCCGAAGUAUGCGCCGAAUGUAAGUGCACAAGAUGUGUUGAUCGCGGGAGCAACUGGGUUCCGGAGAGUCGUAUCGGCCGCGGAUCUCGGUGGGGUCCUGGUGGCAUAUUCAAAGACCAUCGACCGGGUGUUCUACCUCUGUGCGGGCUGUUCAUGCGCAUGCCUUGUGGUUGCAUGGGGAAUGGGAUGGGGAAAUAUUCGGUCGGAGAAGAAAGAAGCAUCGCGAUCAUCGGUGGAGACAGCCUAG